CUACCCACAAUAACCCCACUCACCACCCAACCACCGAGAUGCAAAAACAAUCACGAAAAUCCACUCCUAAGGCUGGAACAAGGAGCGUGUUACUCGCAACGCGACGCGCCCACCCACCAACCAAUCACCGUGCGUCCUCCGUCGAGAUGUCAACCGAUCACGAAAAGCCACUUUUAAGGCUGUCCCAGUGUUGAUCAGAGACUGGGACGCGUCGACAGGGGGGCUGACGUGACGAGAGCCAAUCACAGCGUCUGCGCCGGCGAGAUGUCAACCGAUCACGAAAAGCCACUUUUAGGGCUGAGGCUCCGCUUGGACGUAUUGGUUGGGACGCGGUGAGACAUUGGUCGGGGGGCCAUGUGGGAC